UAAGCCACUUCUCAUACCGGGAAGAUAGGGAGAGAGAGAGUGAGAACCUAAACAAAACUCAUAUAGUAUUUGGUUAACGGCGAUCGUUUAGCAUUAAUCGAGUUUUAGUCAAGCAAAGCAUAACAUCGGUGGCCAUAAACAAAAUGACAGCCGAAAUACCAUCAAAAUGUCAAACGCUGUGGAAUAAUUUCUUGGAUUUAGUAGGCGACGAUCCAUUCACCGUUUAUGUAGUUGGCUCUACAAUUUUGGUAUUGGCUAUUUAUUGGACAUAUGCUGGCAUUUUUGCCAUUAUCGACUAUACACAACGUCCCAAAUGGUUGGUCAAACAUAAAAUACAACCCGAUCAAAAUGUGCCCCUUGACAUGGAGAAAUUUUGGAAGGCCGUCAAAGUGGUUCUAUUCAAUCAGCUAAUUACUACACCCUUAGCCCUAUACGUCUCCUAUCAAUUGGCCUUCACCCAUUGGGCAGGGGACAGUUUACGACAACUGCCCUCAUUGAGAACUUUCCUUAUCGACAUUGUCCUAAUGAUUCUUAUGGAAGAGCCCCUGUUCUACUAUAGCCAUCGUUUAUUGCAUCAUCGUUCCAUUUACAAAUACAUACACAAGAAACAUCACGAAUGGACCGCUCCAGUGGCAGCCAUCACUUUCUACAGCAAUCCCUUGGAGCACAUCAUUAGCAACUUGGGCCCCAUUGCCCUUUCAUCGAUUCUGCUGAGUGCUCAUAUCACAGUCAUAUGGACGUUUACAUUUUUGGCCAUUGUUAAUUCCAUGACAGAUCACACCGGAUAUUCAUUCCCAUCACCAUUUUACAAGUCGUCGGUAGUCUUUCAUGAUUAUCAUCAUGCCAAAUUUAAUUACAACUAUGGAGUCAUGGGUUGGUUCGAUAAAAUGCAUGGUACUUUCAGGGAAAGUCCUAUGGGUUGGAAAGCAAAGAUAAAGAAAUCUGAAGACAACAAUAAUAAGGUCAAAAUGACAAAGAAACAAAAGAAGUAAAAGAAGUAAACAAUGACUGAUAUGUGAAUAAAUAUGUUUACAAAUAAAAACUAUUGGGUUGCCCAAAAAGUAA